GACACCAAAUAUCACAUGCCGCACUCUACCUAGUUCCAUUCAUAUAACACAAACUCCUCCUUCACCAUCUACAUCACCAUUUCUCCUUCUUUCCUCUCACAGCUAACACACCCGCCAUGGAAGCCAGUGCCGGACUUGUUGCCGGUUCUCACAACAGGAAUGAACUCGUCGUCAUUCAUGGUCACGAAGAGCACAAGCCUUUGAGGAACUUGGACGGCCAGGUUUGCGAGAUAUGUGGAGACGAGGUUGGACUGACGGUGGAUGGAGACUUGUUUGUGGCUUGCAAUGAGUGUGGAUUCCCUGUGUGCAGGCCUUGCUAUGAGUAUGAGAGGAGAGAAGGCUCUCAGAACUGCCCUCAGUGCAAAACCAGGUACAAGCGUCUCAAAGGAAGCCCCAGGGUGGAGGGAGACGAUGACGAAGAGGAUGUGGAUGAUAUUGAGCAUGAAUUUAACAUGAAUGAAGAUGAUCAACACAAUAAGGGUAUCAAAAACAAUGAGCAAAUCGCGGAAGCAAUGCUCCAUGGAAAGAUGAGCUAUGGAAGAGGACCAGAUGAUGAGGAGAAUUCCCAAUUCCCACCAGUUAUUGCUGGUGUCAGAUCCCGCCCGGUUAGCGGCGAGCUCACAUACUUAUCUCAUGGUUAUGGAGAUAAGCCUUCUCCGUUGCAUAAACGAGUUCAUCCAUAUCCACCUUCUGAGCCUGGAAGUGAAAAAUGGGAUGAGAAGAAAGAUGGAGGGUGGAAGGAAAGAAUGGAUGAUUGGAAAUUGCAGCAAGGCAAUUUGGGAGGGCCUGAACCUGAUGACAUGAACGACACAGACAUGUCAAUGAUUGAUGAAGCUAGGCAGCCACUGUCAAGGAAAGUAUCAAUUGCAUCUAGCAAGAUCAACCCUUAUCGAAUGAUCAUUGUGGCUCGGCUGUUUAUUUUGGCUGCAUUCCUCCGGUAUAGACUUAUGAAUCCGGUUCAUGAUGCACUUGGUCUCUGGUUAACUUCUGUCAUUUGUGAGAUUUGGUUUGCAAUUUCAUGGAUCCUUGAUCAGUUCCCUAAGUGGUACCCUAUUGAGCGCGAGACCUACCUUGAUCGCCUUUCACUAAGGUAUGAGAGGGAGGGUGAACCAAAUAUGCUAUCCCCAGUAGAUGUGUUUGUGAGUACUGUGGAUCCCAUGAAGGAACCUCCACUUAAUACAGCAAAUACAGUCCUUUCAAUCUUGGCCAUGGACUAUCCUGUUGAAAAAAUCUCAUGCUACAUUUCUGAUGAUGGAUCUUCCAUGCUCACCUUUGAGGCCUUGUCUGAAACAGCAGAAUUUGCAAGGAAAUGGGUACCCUUUUGCAAGAAAUUUUCUAUUGAGCCUAGAGCCCCCGAGAUGUACUUCUGUGAGAAGAUUGAUUACCUAAAGGACAAAGUUCAGCCAACAUUUGUCAAGGAACGUCGAGCUAUGAAGAGAGAAUAUGAAGAGUUCAAGGUUAGGAUAAAUGCGCUUGUGGCCAAAGCCACAAAGGUUCCUCCAGAAGGGUGGAUUAUGCAAGAUGGGACACCAUGGCCCGGAAACAAUACUAAGGACCACCCUGGUAUGAUUCAGGUCUUUCUUGGUCACAGUGGAGGCCUUGAUACUGAAGGAAAUGAGCUCCCUCGUCUUGUCUAUGUGUCUCGUGAGAAGAGGCCUGGCUUUUCACAUCACAAGAAGGCUGGUGCCAUGAAUGCCUUGGUCCGCGUCUCUGGAGUGCUCACCAAUGCUCCCUUCAUGCUCAACUUGGAUUGUGAUCAUUAUGUUAACAACAGUAAGGCUGCAAGAGAAGCCAUGUGUUUCUUGAUGGACCCUCAAAUUGGAAGGAAAGUUUGCUAUGUCCAGUUUCCUCAAAGAUUUGAUGGCAUUGAUAGAAAUGAUCGUUAUGCCAACAGGAACACAGUCUUCUUUGAUAUUAACAUGAAAGGUCUGGAUGGAAUUCAAGGUCCGGUGUAUGUGGGCACAGGAUGUGUUUUCAGAAGGCAAGCUUUGUAUGGAUAUAAUCCUCCAAGGGGUCCUAAGCGCCCAAAGAUGGUAAGCUGUGACUGCUGCCCAUGUUUUGGACGCCGCAAGAAGCUUCCAAAGUAUUCCAAGAAUGAUGCAAAUGGAGAUGGUGCAAACCUCCAACUACAAGGAAUGGAUGAUGACAAAGAGCUAUUGAUGUCCCAAAUGAAUUUUGAAAAGACAUUCGGACAGUCAGCUAUUUUCGUGACUUCAACUUUAAUGGAACAAGGAGGUGUCCCUCCUUCCUCAAGCCCUGCUGCCAUGCUUAAGGAAGCCAUUCAUGUUAUCAGUUGUGGUUAUGAAGACAAAACUGAAUGGGGAAUUGAGCUGGGUUGGAUUUACGGAUCUAUCACAGAGGAUAUCUUGACAGGGUUCAAAAUGCAUUGCCGUGGUUGGAGAUCUAUUUACUGUAUGCCAAAGAGACCUGCAUUCAAGGGUACAGCUCCCAUCAACUUGUCAGAUCGGCUCAACCAGGUGCUUCGUUGGGCGCUUGGUUCCAUUGAGAUUUUCUUCAGUCGCCACAGUCCCCUCUUGUAUGGCUACAAGGGAGGGAAGCUCAAGUGGCUUGAGAGAUUCGCUUAUGUCAACACUACGAUCUACCCUUUCACCUCUCUUCCUCUUCUUGCCUAUUGUAUCCUCCCUGCCGUCUGCUUGCUCACCGAUAAAUUCAUCAUGCCACCGAUAAGCACUUUCGCAAGUCUCUUCUUCAUUGCUCUGUUCCUUUCAAUCUUUGGUACCGGCAUUCUUGAGCUGAGAUGGAGUGGAGUGAGUAUUGAAGAAUGGUGGAGAAAUGAGCAAUUCUGGGUGAUUGGCGGUGUGUCAGCUCACCUCUACGCUGUUAUCCAAGGUCUUCUGAAGGUCUUGGCUGGAAUUGACACCAGCUUCACUGUCACAGCCAAGUCUGCAGAUGAUGAGGAUUUUGGAGAGUUGUACGCCUUUAAAUGGACAACUCUCCUAAUCCCUCCAACCACUAUCUUAAUCAUUAACCUUGUUGGAGUAGUUGCUGGGAUUUCAGAUGCCAUAAACAAUGGGUACGAAUCAUGGGGACCUCUAUUUGGAAAGCUCUUCUUUGCCUUCUGGGUGAUUGUCCAUCUAUAUCCAUUCCUUAAAGGUCUGAUGGGGAGGCAGAACCGUACGCCAACAAUUGUUGUCAUAUGGUCUGUGCUCCUGGCUUCUAUUUUCUCCUUACUCUGGGUUCGAAUCGACCCAUUUGUGUUGAAAACCAAAGGACCUACCACAAAGCAAUGUGGAAUCAAUUGCUGAAAAUACUUGUAUCUUUUGUCUUUCUUGAAAUUUGCAUCUCCAGAGGAUACAAAUUCUUGGCUUUACAAAUUAUGAAGUUGAACCAAUAGAAAGGAGAUCCAUCAGAGUGAAUAAAGCUAGAGUAUAAAGUUUUUUGUAGCUUGAGUGAAAUGUAUACAGUUUUGUAUUUGUAAGUGUUUACUUCUGGCAACUAAAUGUUUCCAAUCAAUUUUUCAAUUUCCAAUUUA